AUGUCUGCAAAGCCUCAAGGUGAUCCACCCGCAUACCCUCCGCCAGUGCAUCAGGACGCCGGUCCCUACUAUCCGCCUCAGGGACCGCCUGCUGGCUACCCUCAGUCCCCUCCUCCCGGCGCUGGCGCAGACUACUACAACAGCCAUCCUGCUGCCUACGGUCCUCCUCCCGGCCAGUACGGCUCUCCUCCGCCCCAGGGAUACUAUCCGCCGCCGCAGCAAGGCUACGGCCCCCCACCCCCAGGCGGGAUGUACUACCAACAGGGUCCGCCUCCACAGGGAUACUAUGCUCAGGAUCGGGGUGGUAGCGGCGCAGAAGGCCUGUGCGCAGGUAUCAUGGCUGCGUUGGCCUGCUGCUGCUGUAUGGAUUUGCUAUUCUGA